UGUGGAUCAUGCUCUUUGUUUGUUUUUAGGUAUGCAUAUCCACCACCAGAUGGAAACAUAUUGAACAAUAUUGUCAACUCCCUCAUUGCUGUUCCCCGAUUUUACAAUCAGGUGUUGCAUUUGAUGAACAAGAUGAACCUUCCAGCUCCAUUUCGGAUGGCAUUGCCUACUCCACCUCUACCAUCACAAAGGCCUCUUCCUCCUCCCCCUCCACCACUGCAGCCUUCUAUGACAGAGAAACUUCACUUGGCUGAUUUGUCUAGUGAUGAGUCUGAGAUGGAGUCUUCUGAUGAAGAUGUUGAUACAAGGGAAGUCAAGCGCGCAAAGCAUGAAGCUAUUGUUGGUCCUGCAGUUGAUAGAAGUGUCGCUCAUGAAUCGGUCGGGGUGAAACCAGUUGCAUUAGUUCCCAAUGAGCUUCAAGUAAUAAAAAAGAAAAACCCAGUACUGCAGAUAAAAAUUGUCCCUAAGGCUGCUUAUAAGGAACUUGCUGAUCGGAGUAUUAUCGACAAGGAAUUGGCCUCUAGAGAUGAACAACUUGAAGAAAAACAUUUUGCCACACCUCAGGAAAUAGAGAAAGAGAAAUUACCGACAGAGGAGAUUUUGUCCCUUCCCAUGUUCAAGAAUUACACUCCAGGGAAUCCUGCCAGUGUAUUAUAUAUUAAGAACUUGGCAAAGGAUGUUGUUCAUGAUGACUUCUACUAUGUCUUUGGAUCUGUGUUUGAAAGCUUGGACGCUGCAAGAUCUGGCUUAAGUAUAAAGUUAAUGCAGGAAGGUCGAAUGCGGGGCCAAGCUUUUGUGACGUUUCCAUCUGUUGAACAUGCUCAACGUGCACUGAAUUUAGCGCAUGGUUACGCGUUCAAAGGCAAGCCGAUGAUCAUUCAGUUUGGUAGGAACCCUGGUGCUAGCAAAGCUUCCUAGGAGGUUGCAUUCUUUCCGAUUCUGAUUUUCUGUAAAGCUGUUUGAGUUAGCAACCAAGAUUGUGGGCAUUUUGUGCUGGUGCCCAUGAGUUGUUAAAUUCCACGUGGAAUAUAAUGGCACUUAUCGUGUUGCUAGAAUUUUAGGUAAGCAACAGCAUUGGUUACUUCGGUCGCUCACCUUAUUUGAUGUACCGCAUCUCUCCAUGAGAACAAAUUCUGUACCAUUCUAUGGGUUUUUUU